AUGUCUACGUUUUCGUACGCACAAGCCGCCAAGGGCGUCUCCGGGACACCGACCCCGUCCAAGACACCAUCAGAAUCCGAGAAGACUGACUCCAAACCGGAGGAGCAGACCAUCGUUGAGACUACAAAGGAUGACGUACCAGUCUCCACUGAGUCCGAGCCCGUCCAAAAAUCCGAGGUAGUCACAGAGGAGAACAAGGAUGAUGAUUUUACCACUGUCACCAGCAAGCAUGCCGCUAAGACAAAGGCUAUCAACUCUCGAACAUCAAGCCCGAGCGUUCGCACAGGCUCAAAGUCGCGCAAAACAAAGGAGGACGACUCAAAAACCUCCAACGGUAACGCAGAUGCCACCGCUGAGAAGCAGGCUCCCAGUGAGGGACAGACCGAGAAGGCCGAAGGUGUCGCAGAGAAGUCCACUGAAAAGUCCGAGGAUUCCGAGAAAACCGCAUCCCCACCCAAGGAGCUGAAGGCUGCUCCUCUUCCUUCAGUCAACAUUUGGCAACAGAGGAGAGAGGCUCAGGACGCCAAGGUCAAGGCUAUCCCCAAGUCCACUUCCACUAGCAAAGCUGCCUCCACCAAAGAUGCCUCGACUGUUGAUGAGACCCAACAAGACUCCAAGGCCGGCUCUAAGAAGAAGGGUGCCGAUGGUGCACAGGAAGGUGCCAAGGAUCGCAAGAAGACCGACAGCGGAAAAGGACGCGAUACCGGAUCAGUUCCCCCAGUAGAAGACGUUUCUGCCUGGCCAACUCCCCAAGUUGCGAUUGGCGAAGAGAAGAAGAAAUCUCUCGAAAAGACCGAGAAGAGCCCCGUCAUCAGACCCCAUGGAAAGGAAAAGUGGACACCCGUUCCUUACGUCCCCACUGCUGUUUUCAACACCCCGCUCCCAUCUGCCGGUGGCCGUGGAGGUAGACGGGCCACUCGUGGUGGCCGGGAUAGUGGCCGCGGAGCUCACGCCAAUGGAGCCGCUGCCCUUGACAAGGCCGCCACUGACAAAGCUGCCACGGGACAGGCCGCCCAAGGCGCAAAGCAGGCAUCUGGAGACCGGGGGCGCCACGAGGCUGGAUCUGGACGUGCUACUUCUCUUCCCGCCCAGUCAAGACGUUCCACAAGCAUCGACGCUGGUGCUGCAGCUGAUGCACGCAAGCCUUCCCAGGCAACUGAGCGCGGCCGUGGAGCUCGCAACGGAGAGGAACACACCAAGCAGGUGAAUGGCGGAGAGAACGCCCCCCGCCCUCAACGCGAGGGCAAGCCCUUUGGAAGAAACCAGGAUGUCCGCGCAAGUGAUCGCACCCAGAAGGGUGGAAACCUGGCUAUUGACUCGCAGGCUGCAGCCCGCAGUAACGAUCGUCGCUUUGAGGCCGGAUCUAAGUCGGCCGACCCCACUGGUUUAAAUGAUCUCAACCGCGAGCGUGGAGAGUUCCGUUCUGAGCGUGGAGGUCGUGGGUCUAACCGCGGCCGUGGUGGCGCUUACUCCAACUUCGGCGCCCAGAACGCUCAGUUCAAUGCAGCCAACUCAUUCGCUUCACCCAAGGCGUUUGGCUUCAACGACCGUCAGCGGUCACAACAGCAUGGCCUCCCCAAUGGAUCUCAGCAAGGAAAUCGCAUGCCCCUGCGAUCGCCCUCUUUGCCCGCUCCCGCAAACAUGUACGGCGUUGUUUAUCCUUUCCCAGGUGAUAUCAACACGAUGUAUGGCUACCCGGCUGUCAACUCUGCCCCGAUGAACGCUGUUCCCUACCAGCAGCAAUACAUGGAGCCUUUCUCGCUGAUGAAUAUGCUCUCCAUGCAACUGGAGUACUACUUCUCAGUCGACAACAUGUGCAAGGACAUGUUCCUUCGCAAGCAAAUGGAUUCUCAAGGCUUUGUGCCUCUGAACGUACUUGCCAGCUUCAAGCGUGUCAAGUCCCUCACUGAGGACUUUGAACUCCUUCGACACGUGGCCCGUCAACUGCGCAAUGUUGAAUGCCAAAUUGGUGAGGAUGGCGUUGACCGCCUGCGCCCCAGAGAAAAGUGGCAGCAAUGGGUCCUCCCUGUGGACCAGCGUGAACCUGCCGCUCAACAUGACGGGGCUGCCCCUGCUAAAAAGACCGACGAAAACAUCGCGGCACACGGCCACUCCGAGAACGUCAUCAACGGAUCCGCUCGUCAGUUCGUGCCCAACGGUGUCGCUCAUGAUGUCAAGACUUCACUUUCAUCUACCGCUCCGGAAUUCAUGCCCUCAUUGCUACCUACUGCAGUGAACGAAAUUGCCAAUGUAGGAUACCCCUGGAACUCCCCAGCCUCCCCUGAUGACUCGACAACGUCCUUCUUUUCGUCGUCUUCGUCUUUCCCCGUGGACUAUUCAUUUGUUGACCCUUCUUCCUCAGCGCGUGGACUAGAUUCGCAGUCCGAACCCCCUUUCCCCUCUGAUUUGGAACCGAUGGUGACCCUGGCAAGCCUUGAUGCAAAUUACCUUCGUCAACCAAUCGGCCCCGCCGAUUGGUUGGCCAACAAGUCUUUUGCCGGAGCGCAUCAAUCGGCUCCCAAGUCAAAGGGGACGGGCCGUUCGUCCACAGAAACGUCAAAUUAUGCCCCAAAAACUAUCAACAUGUCUCGCAAAGAAACCUUCGAUGGCCGAGGCCGAUCGACUGCAAGAAGGCGUUUAGCCCUUGAUGAUCUUUUAACUCGACACGUUGACAACGGUUUCAAAGAACUCAUGGAAUUCUACCGGAACUGUCUGGUUCACCGUCGCCCCAUUCCUGACCUCGUGCUGUACGACCUGGUCCAUCUUUCGCAACAUCAAGCAUUGGACUACCACACUCUCGUCUCUAAUACGAUUUAUGAAACAAUUGCCAGUGGAAAGAUGAAACCAUACAAUCGGGGGAAAAUCAGCAAACACUUCAAUACCCAAUACGGCGAGCUGGCGGGAGAAAAGUUAUCAUGA